AUGGCAGCCCAAUUCAUCGGCCAGGUCAUCUCUCUCGUGUCCAAGAGCGACAUCCGGUACCAGGGUGUGCUCCACUCGAUCGACCCGCUCCAGGCCACCGUCUCGCUCGAAAAGGUCCGCUCUCUCGGCACCGAGGGCCGCAAGGGCAACCCGGCGGAGGAGGUUCCCCCGAGCGACACGAGCUACGACUUCAUCGUCUUCCGCGCCUCGGACGUCAAGGACCUGCAGAUCGAGGGCCCGGCUCCCGAGGCUGCGCCGAGCGACCCGGCCAUCGUCGGCACUGCCGCUCCUGCCUCGAGCGCGCCCGCCGCCGCAUCUGCCGCCUCGCCUGUCCAGUCGGCUGCCGCCUCGCCGCCCAAGCCCGCCGCUCCCGCCGUCCAGCAGCAGCAGCAGGGCCCCCAGUCGCCCUACGCUCCCGGUCCUCCCCAGAUCCCCGGCGGCCCGCACUCGCCGUUCGCCCCGUACCCUCCUCCCUUCCCCGGCGCCCCCUUUGGCGCCCACCCGAACCCGUUCGGCCAGCCCGGACCCGGCUUCAACGGCGGCUUCGGCGGCGCGCCGUACCCGCCGUUCGGCGCGCCGGGUCCCUUCGGCGCUCCUGGGCCGUUCAGCCCGCCGCCGCACGGCUUCCCUGGCGGGCCCGGCUUCCCGCCCGGCCCUCCUCCGCCUCAGCAGCCACAGCAGGCCCAGCAGGGCCCGCAAGGCGCCAAGAGCCCCGCCGUCGCACCCGCUCAAGCGCCUGCGACCGCGCAGAACCCGCCCGUGGCACCCGCCACGCCCAACGAGACGCGCCCCGAGACCAAUGGCUCGGCCUCGCAGCCAGCUCCUUCGGCCGCCGCCUCGCCCAAGAAGCAGCCGGCCGACAUCGAGCAGCUCGCCAAGGACAUGUCGCGCGCCAACCUCGGCCAGCCGCAGCAGCCCCAGCAGCAGCAGCAGCAGCAGGCGCACGGCCAGGGUCGUCGCGGCGGCCGUCGCGAGGACGGCGUCGGCGCGAGCGUCUUCUCGUCGGGCUCCGCGGGCGGCCACCACCAGCAGCAGCAGGGCGGCCCGCAGCGUCCUCGUCAGCUACAGCCGUACGGCAACGACCGCGGCAGCGGCGCCGGCCAGUCGUCGGGCGCGAUCGGCAACCACGGCGGCAGGCCCGCCGCCGCCGCCCCGGUCCCGGUCCCCGACGCCGAGUUCGACUUUGCCAAGGCCAACGCGUCGUUCCAGAAGCCGUCGGCGCUCCCCGACGCGCCUGCCCCGGCUCCCGCCGCCGCCGCCGCCGCCGACGACGAGCAGGACGACUUUGUCGUCCCGCCGCCCGUCCACGACGAGGCCUACUACAACCCGCAGACGUCCUUCUUCGACUCGAUCUCGAGCGACUCGAAGACGCGCACCGACCCGGCGCAGCAGAGCGCCAUGGGCAGGUACGGCGGCAUGGGCGGAGGAGGCUACGGCGGCGGGAGGUACGACCGCGCAAAGGAGCGCGAGCGCAACAUGGACACGUUCGGUGAGUCGGGAGCGCAGCUCGGGCGCGGCGGCUUCAGGCGUGGCGGUGGCGGCGGUGGUGGCGGCGGCGGUGGACGUGGCCCGAGGAGGCAGGGCGGCGGCGAGGGUCGCGGUUUGAGGCGCUCGCAGCAGUCGCAGCAGCAGCCGCAGCAGUGAACGAUACCCCUUCCCUCUCCCUCCCUCGCUCCCCUCUACGCUUUCGUCGGAACAAUGUCCUCUCCCUCUCUUAGCACGCAAAAAGCUGUCACGGUCUCGCUCUCGC